UGGAUUUGUUUUAAUGUUUGAGGUGCAAUAAACGACCCAGCAGCUUGUUGGCGUGAUAAAACUAUUAUGUUCCGCCUCGCUCAUGAGAGUAACAGCUGGCGAGAUUACAGCCUCGCCUACUGAUUUUAACUAAAGUGUUAUGAACGUGAUCUUCACGUCAUCACGUCACACGUCAUACGUAACCCCCACCGCCCCCUUACGUCCAACCGGAAGAUAAUUCAAAACAAGUUUGAAUCACAUGGAGCAGAGAUUAGCUGCUAGGCUAAUCUAACGGGUUAUGAACAGAUUCAAGCAUGAGAGCUCCUCGUGAGGACAGGGGAGUGUUGUUUAUGUUUACAAGUAAACAAGCGGUUUGAAUGACGCAAUCACAACAGCUGAUCUCCAGAGUGAAGUCUCUGAUCUCUGACUCUCGAUGGACGCGUCUCUGCAGAAGCGUUUUGCUCCUCUGGACUACGGGAUAUUUUCUCUUCUCCUCGCCGCCUCGCUGGCCAUCGGACUGUACCACGCGCUGGCGGGGGGGCGGCAGCGCACCACGCAGGAGUUCCUGAUGGCGGACCGCAGUAUGAGCUGUCUCCCCGUGUCUCUGUCUCUCAUCGCCUCCUUCCAGUCGGCCGUGGCCAUCAUCGGCGUCCCGGGGGAGGUCUACGCUCACGGGACGCAGUACUGGUUCCUCGGCUGCAGCUACUUCCUGGGCCUCCUCAUCCCCGCUCACAUCUUCAUCCCCGUGCUCUACAGACUGAGGAUCACCAGCGCCUACCAGUAUCUGGAGCUGCGGUUCAGUAAGGCGGUGAGAAUCUGUGGGACUGUGACCUUCAUCUUCCAGACGGUUGUGUACAUGGGACUGUGUGUGUACACUCCUGCCUUCGCACUGAACGCAGUGACUGGAUUUGAGAUUUGGGGCGCCGUGCUGGCCAUCGGAGUCGUUUGCAUGAUUUAUACAACCAUCGGGGGUCUGAAGGCUGUGAUCUGGACGGAUGUCUUCCAGACGGCGGUGAUGUUCGCCGGGCAGCUGGCCGUCAUCGUGGUCGGGGUCCAGAAGACCGGGGGGGUGAUGGAGGUCGGGAGGAAAGUCUGGGAGGGAAACCGCAUCGCUGGCAUCGAUCUGAACCCGGACCCCACAGAGCGACACACCUUCUGGACCCUCGGGGUGGGGGGGGUGUUCCUGAUGCUCUCGCUCUACGGAUCAAAUCAGUCCCAGGUGCAGAGAUACCUGAGCGCCAAAUCAGAGAAGGAGGCUGUGAGGUCUGUGUACAUGGUGUUCCCCGCCCUGCAGCUCUCUCUGGCUCUCAGCUGUUUGAUGGGCCUCGUUAUGUUCGCUCGUUACUGCGGAGAGGAUUCCCCCCCGCUGGGCUCCUCCAACAGGGACGCUAUGGUGAUGUACUUUGUGAUGGACAUGUUGGAGGGGCUGCCGGGACUCCCUGGUCUGUUUGUGGCCUGUUUGUUCAGCGCUGCACUCAGCUCCAUCUCGUCCUCCUUCAACUCGUUGGCCACGGUGACGAUGGAGGAUCUGAUCAAACCUCGAUUCCCCGCCAUGACGGAGGCCAGAGCCACGCUGCUGUCCAAAGGCUUAGCGUUGUUCUACGGGCUGCUGUGUCUCGCCAUGGCCUUCCUCACUCACCUGAUGGGAGACUCAGUGCUGCAGGUGGCUAUGAAGAUCUUCGGGAUGGUUGGAGGUCCGGUUCUGGGUCUGUUUUGUCUCGGGAUGUUCUUCCCCUGGGCCAACUCCACCGGGGCGCUGGCUGGUCUGGGGUCAGCUCUGGUUCUGGUGUGCUGGAUCGGCGUCGGCAGCAUCGUGACCCGAGUCUCUGGAGCAAAGCCGCUGCCUCCGAGCUGCAGAGCUGCAAACACAACGUUUAACCUGCAGGGGGCGCUGUGGAACAUCACUGUGAGCCGCCCCUCUGGACUGCAGAGGUUUUACUCGUUGUCGUACAUGUGGUACAGCGCCUUCAGCUGCCUCACUGUCGUCUUCGUCGGACUCUUCAUCAGCUUCCUCUCAGGCCCUCUGAAGGAGGAGGACGUGACUCCAGGAACCGUUUAUCCGUGUUUAGGGAAGCUGUUGUGUUUCCUUCCUGAACGUCUGAAGAAGAAACUCUGCUGCGUCACGCCGCUCGGACACUCGCUCUCGGCGCCUCAGAAGGAGUCGGAGGACAGAGAAUCUCCGGAGGCUCAGACUCUGCUGGUGGAGUACGAGACGAACGUGUGAAAUAACCGUUAACUAUCCAGAGACACAAAGUACUGAAGAAAUUUGAAUACAUAUUUACUUUUGGAGAUAAUGUGCAGAUCAUCUCUCAAUCUUCUGGACAAAUCCUUUUUGACUGCACAUGGAGGACGUCUCGUGAUUUUGAGACUGUUUUGCAUCGUGUUUUCCUGCUGACUCGUCACUACUUUUAACCCUCUGACGGUUAUCCCAAAACAAAGAGCUUCCUGCAGUCAAACAGGCUGUAAACAAACUGUUUCUCACGUCGAUAUCCAAACCAUCCACUGAGUGUCCUUAUAUCACGUCGUGAACCUUCUCUCUUCCUGUGGAUCUUGUGUUUGAGGCAGAGUGUGACGUAGUUUCCAAUCGUCUUCAUUGUAGAGUUUUGGGGAUUUCUCACAGAAAUGUUUGUUCUAACGGUUUUCAAAGAGACCGAGGUUCUGCCUGUCGUCUGUGCCGUGUGUCAGGAUGGAUCCUUAGUCUUUAAACUGCAAACCAAAUCUACCUACGGGGACAAAUGAAUGACCUGAACCUGAGACAGAAGGUCCUGGUUCUUCCAGUUAUAUAUUAGCAAAGGUACAGUCUGCAAGGUGAUAAAACGUUGGGGAAGAGGAUGUGGUGGAGAUUCUUGAAAUGAACUAGUCAAAGAGAUGUCUUUCUGGUUCUUUAAUCUUCUGCAAAAGAGGCAAACAACAUGAAGAGCCAUGUCUCCACAGCCGAGUGCAACUACUCAAACUGAAGAGAGAGCUUACAUACAGUUACAAUGAAGACAUGCUUAGUCAUGAGAUAACUGACCCCUGACCCUAUCAAUAGACCCAUGAUCAGGUCACUGUGUGGUCACAUGACACCUUGUGACUGAUCAUCUUCCUGAGUGCUGAGAUCUACUGUCUCUCGACAUGUAAGGCUUACAGAAUUGUAUUAUUUAUAUGUUAAAUAUAACAUCAUAGCUUUCAAUUGUCUGAUAAUCAUAAUUUCCAUCACAAGGACAUGACGUUUGUUCCUCACAGCUACUGAACGUUUGAGUUGGCCUUAAAUGGAAGAACCAGGAUCCUCAGGACCUUCUGUCUCAGGUUCAGGUUAUUGAUUUGUCCCCGUAAGAAGAUUUUACAUCCGUCAUGUCCUCUUCCCCAACGUUUCAUCACCUUAGUACGCUAACUAUCACGCCAACUCGAUGACUGAAUCCUCUGCUCAGCUGGACAUUAUUUAGGAGCUGGCAGGAUAAAGUCUGUCUGAUGUUCGAGCGUUUAAGGAACUACAUUCAGCUCCUAGCUUCUUUCAAUGUUUGGAUAAUGACAGGAAUGAGGUUCACAUGUUAACAAGGGUUUAGUUUGAUUCUUACUGAUUCUUUCUGAUGUUUUCUGAUGCUCUCUGAUGCUUUCUGAUGCUCUCUGAUGCUCUCUGAUGC